AUGCCCAGUUUGGAACAUCGCAACACGUCCACUGCUGCCAUUGACAACCAAAACAACUCAACAUCCACACCCCAUAAACCAACAUGCAAAGCCGAUCUUAAACCGCCCAUCAACAUGCGCGAUGGUGUAUUGGCCAUUCUUUUAUUUGCUCUGGCAUUUCCUACUCGCAUGCAAAACCUUGACAGCCCAUCCCAAGUCGUCUUCGAUGAAGUCCAUUUUGGCACGUUUGCAAAUCACUAUAUUCGAGAACGAUUCUUUUUCGAUGUGCAUCCACCUUUGGCAAAGAUAUUGAUUGCGCUCGCAGGUCGAGUAGCCGGCUAUCAAGGCGACUUUGAUUUUAGUCGAAUUGGCAAUUAUUACUCCGCAGGCCAUGUUCCCUACGUUGCCAUGCGUGCACAAGGCGCUUUAUUAGGCACAUUACUGGUACCCAUUGCCUAUUUUACCUUGCGAUUUGGUGGUCAUUCCAUUUAUGCAUCUGCAUUUGCAGCUCUGGCGGUGUGUUAUGAAAACAGCCUGGUGACCAACAGUCGUCUGAUCUUGCUUGAUGUCUACCUCUUGUUCUUUAUUGCAAUGACGAUUCUAUGCUGGAACAGGUUCUUUUAUCACCGUUCAAGACCUUUUCGGUUAGCAUGGUGGCUCUGGCUUGCAUUGACAGGUGUCAAUCUUGGAUUCACUGUGAGCUGUAAAUGGGUUGGUUUGUUUACCAUUGCAACGAUUGGUUUAUCGACGGUGAUGGAUCUCUGGAGAAUACUAGGCGAUUUACAAGUAUCCAAGAAAGCAUUGGGUGGUCACUUUGCGGCUAGGAUCCUUUGUUUGAUAUUGCUCCCACUCUCCAUCUAUAUCAGCGUAUUCUAUGUUCAUCUAAGGAUGCUCCCACAUUCGGGCGAUGGUGAUGUACACAUGUCAGCAGCUUUUCAACAUUCACUCGCAGGCAACGAGAUACCCGAUUCUCCUAUUGAUGUCGCGUAUGGUUCCAAGAUUACUUUACGUCACCUAUCAACCAACGGAGGCUAUUUACAUUCCCACCCAUCUGCAUAUCAAACAGGAAGCAAACAACAACAAAUCACGCUUUAUCCCUAUCGAGAUGAGAACAAUUGGUGGACCAUCCGCAAGUUGAACAGCACAUUGGAUGCCCAGAAUGAACCUGCUGAUAAACUAGGCAAGGAUAAUGCGACUUGGCUUCAAUGGGUGCGUCAUGGAGAUAUCAUUCGACUCGAACAUGUUGCUACAAGUCCACGUAAACUGCAUAGCCACGAUGAAUCAGCACCCAUGACCGAUGUCGAGUACCAUAAGGAAGUGAGUGGCUAUGGAUUUCCCAACUUUGAAGGUGAUGCCAAUGAUUGGUGGCGAGUCGAGAUCGUAGACGAGCCCAAGGAACGACUUGAAACCUUACGCACACGUUUUCGACUCGUGCACAUGUUACAGUCUUGCGCUCUAUUUUCGCAUGAAGUCCAGUUACCGGAUUGGGGUUUUGGUCAGCAAGAAGUGACAUGCAUGCAACAAAGUAAAAAGCCAAAGACCAUGUGGAUGAUCGAAGAGACAAGGAAUGACUUGCUGCCUGAUGACACGCGCAUGGUCAACUAUUUGGUUCCUGGCUUCUGGGGGAAAUUUAUCGAGCUGCAUAAAGUCAUGUGGAAAGUCAAUGAAGGUCUUACUCAGUCUCAUCCUUAUCAAUCACGCCCAUCCGCAUGGCCUAUGCUUCGACGUGGUAUCUCAUUUUGGGCGAACCAAGGCAAGCAUAUUUAUUUCCUCGGCAAUCCGAUCGUUUAUUGGAUGACCACUGUGGCCGUUUUCAACUUUUUGAUCCUGUGGGUUUUCUUCCAAGUACGUGCGAAAUUGGGAUACACCGAUGACUAUAAAGGGCGUCGUGCAUUCUUUGAGCAUUCAGCAGGGUUUUAUUUGAUGGCAUGGACACUUCAUUAUCUACCUUUCUAUUUGAUGAACCGACAAUUGUUUCUCCAUCAUUAUCUACCAGCCUUGUAUUUUGCUAUACUUGUUCUUGCCACGGCUAUCGAUCUAGCAAUAGCACGAGCGACACCACGUAGACGUCUCAUAUCUGUGCUCUUACUCUCCCUUGGUGUUAUGGCUAUCUUUUACCAAUUUGACGCAUUGACUUAUGGCAAGGAUUGGACACGUGAAGCCUGUGAGCAACAACAAUGGCUACCUAGUUGGCAAUUUGAUUGUGGAAGUUAUCAAAGCCAAAUGGCAACAGCGCUCCCAGGCAAAAAAGUAGUACUUGAUGAGCAUGGAUCCAUUAUUGGAGAUGAAGCAAUGGCCGAAUCUCUCUUGUCAAAUCAAAGCAUUUCAUAUGAUCAUUACUCCACUCAAAGAUCGGCGAAUACUGCGCCACAGGAACACUUCUUGCAUGGCUAA